AUGUUCGACCACCUCACUGGAGAGAUCCGGAUGAAGCGCUCCGCUGGUGUGCCGCUGCCCUUCUCUGAGCAGAGAGAGGCAACUGCGCCAAUGCCACUCAGUUCCGGACAACCUUUUUACCCUCCGUUCCAAGCGCCAGGCCAGCCAGGCCAGGCACAGCAACCCUCCCCCUGCCACACACAACCACAACAGCCACCACAGUAUGCGCCAGCAGCGGCCCCGUUCCAACCACCGCUUCACCAGUCACAACCACAACAAGCGUCCGCAUUCCACACGCCACCCCAACAAGCAUCACAGCAAACGCCACAAGCACCCCUCUUCCAGCAACCAACACAGCAGUCACAAGCACAACCACAGCAAACCUCGGCUUUCCACAUGCCACCACAACAGCAAUCGGCAGCAGCACCCCCAUUCCAACCAGCAUACACACAGCAACCCUCCCCCUUGCACGCGGCACCGCAACAGCCACCACAGCAAUCAGCAGCAGCACCCCCAUUCCAACAACCACCACACCAGUCACAGCAAGCAGAGGCAGCAGCCGCCACCUUCCAACCACCAGCACAAACACAGCAACCCGCCCCAAUCCACACGCCGCCACAAGAGCUACCACGGCAGGCAGCAGCAGCGCCCCCUCUCCACUACCAACCACUUCACCAGUCACAACCACAACAAACCUUCCCGUUCCAAGCGCCACCACAACAACCUUCACAUGCGAUACCACAACAGCCGCCACAGCAAACAGCGGCAGCAGCACCCCUGUUCCAACAACCGCCACAGGAAGCGGAAGCAGCCGCCGGCCCCUUCCAACCACCACAGCAAACCUCCCCAUUCCAUGCGCCACCACAACAGCCACCACAGCAAGCGGCAGCAGAGGCCAACUUCCAUCAAGCUCCACACCCGUCGCAGCGAGCAGAAGCGUGCGCCGACCCCUCCCAAACGCCGCCACAACGGCAAGCAGAGACCUGCCCCUACCCACCCGGCCCCGAGCGCGAAGCACAGCAAGAGCCCCCAAAGCCAGCAGCGGCACCUGACUGCCAGAAGUUGGCACCUCCGAAGGUGGACCCUGUGCCGGCAGAAGCACCAACCUUACUGGGCCCCGACAAGCCCAAGCGCAUGCCGCCGCUUGGGGUUCCGCUGCCGAUGGAGCCCCAGCCGUCGUCACUGAUGCAGGUCCGUUAUCGGCUGCAAGCUGAGGUGGGCCAACAGGUUCCCAUCUUCUACGAGUACGAAACUCUGGACACCGGUGCACGCUGGUGGUGGAACGAAGAAUCGGAGGAAGCCUGCGCUGCUCCUCCUGCACCUCCGGUCAUCAUCUUGCCAGGACAUUGCCUCAAGUCCUGA